AGAUGGAUGUCGGAGGAGAAACCUGUGAGGAGACAGACAUGCUCCCCACGUCAACUUUAGAAUUAUACGAGUCUCAGUUUUUCGGCUUUACGCCGCAAACGUUCAUGUUUCGGCUCUCCAGCGCGUUUUUGGAUUGUCUGAGCGACAUUUUGAGCGUCGUAGAGAAGGUAUGCGUGCGACAGCUGUGUAAGUCGGAGUCUGAAGCGACGACGGAGGAGCAGCUCAUCGUCAGAGUUAGAGAGAGUAGCCGCAAGUUUCAAGCGUUUGUGGGGGAGCGCUUUAAGCAGCUGUCGGAGCGGAUAGAAGAGCUGCUGGUCACCCGUUGUUUCUCCGUACCUCCCAACGUCCUGUUGAAGGAGGACCAAUGUCACAGAAAACGUCCUCCGGACACACAGGAGAUGCUCAGACUGGAGUCGUCCUUGACGGAGCUCCGCAGUGCUCAUGAGGCCGAGGUGUGUGCUAGACAUGCUCUGCAGGCUGAGCUUGAGGAGCAAGCGGCGGUACAGAAGCAGCUAGAUGAAUUCCUGGUCUGGAACAGAAAGCUACAGGACACUUGGGUCACAGAGGGAAACGGCAGCUUCCAGGAAAGGUUCCAACUGGUGGCAGCCUCUGUAAAGAAAUUGCAGGAAGCCGUUGUGGAGGUGUGCAACAAAGCGCAGAGUUCUCACUGAACUUACUGUAUGAUUAAAGUUAAUUACUACUCAAAGACUUUUGAACAGCUUUCUACUCUUACAUGUCACAUAGAAAGCAAGGUGGGAGAGAAAGAUUCUGUAAAUUUUCUGUAAAGUAUUACUGUCUUCUUAGUAGGGCUGCACGAUUAUGGCCAAAAUAAUAAUCAUUAUUAUUUUGAUCAAUAUUGUAAUCAUGAUUAUUAAUCACGAUGAUUCCUCAUUCAUUCAUCUACCGUUCCGCUUGUCCUUACUAGGGUCGCGGGCGUGCUGCAGCCUAUCCCAGCAAUCUUCGGGCGAGAGGCGGGGUACACCAUGAACUGGUCGCCAGCCAAUCGCAGGGGACAUAGAAACAAGCAACCAUUCGCACUGUUAGGAAAAAAAAUAUUUAUUUUUAUUGCACUACUUUUUUAACACGAUAUGUAACAGCGUUCAGUUCAAAACUAAUCUUUAAGAAUAAAUGAUAAUGAUGAUGAUUGAAAAAUAAAUAUACCCAAAAAGUCUUCUUAGCAAGGGCUAGCUGAAUAAAUGGGCUUUUAGAAAGUCCAAUCAUGAAUUGCAACGUAAUGGAAGCAAAUACAAUUUAUGCAUAGAAGGCAAUAGCAUUCGAUUGCAAGCACUGACAUUUCAUUUGAAAAUCCCCGUCAUCAGAAUAGUGACUUGUCAAGGACAGUACGUCUCCGUUGUUGUGCUUGACCAUUGGUCAGUCCUGCAUGGUCACAAAAUGCAAAGAACAGUUGUGAGUUCCCUCCCUAUUUACUCCAGUUUUUUUUUUUUCAUUGCGGUCAGGCCAGCCGCUACAACGAUUGAAAAUUGUCUUACCGUGACAUGCCACCUCUCUGCCAACGUGCUGUGAGGUCGAACUUCAAAAUAAAAGCGUCAUAUUGUACUACAUUGGACAUCAAUGCCAUUUCAGGCUUUUAUUUUUAAGUUGGCCUCGGAGCGCAAUGCGUUCGCCACUGGUGGCUGGCUGACGAGGUUGCGGGCACUGGUGUAAUGAAGCGCUUCAUAUGCAGCAGUGCCGGCAUUUUAAAUGUAAUAAAUUGCUGACAUCAGACUCAUUUGAUCGUGGCAACAAAAAAUUGCGAUCACGAUUGAAGUUUGAUUAAUUGUGCAGCUCUACUUCUUAGCAAUAACAAUUGAAGAUCAUAUGGACAUGUUAGAGCAGUGAUUCCCAACCAGUGUGCCAGGGCACAUUAGUGUGCCGUGAGCGCUCUUCAGGUGUGCCGUGGGAAAUUAUAAAAUUUUCCGUAAUUGCUCAAGAAAUUAUUUAUUUACAAGAAACAAUAUAUCUUUUUUCAUCUAUUUAUGCCAGUGAGGCAGUGACAGACAGAACAAAUAAAUGCUCUUCAAUUUGAUGGGAGGAAGUACAUAGAGUAAUUAAUGUAUCCACUUUUUGUGACGUUUGUUGGUGUGCCGUGAGAUUUUUCAAUUGUAAAAUAUGUGCCUUGGCUCAAUAAAGGUUGGAAAUCACUGUGUUAGAGCCCCCAAACUUUUUUUCCACCACAGACAGUUUUCACGUAAAGCAAUAUUUUGACGGACUGGCAUAGAAACAGAUAAAAACAAAUGAUUUCAAAUAUAACUCACUCUUUCGCUGAAUGUAGUUGAGUCGUGUCUCUUCAAGAACCUGUCCUAUUUUGGGAUACCUGAACUUUGCGUUACUGAUGUCCAGUCUACUCUGUAAUUUUGGUUCUGUCUUCAUCACUGCAGAAAAUCCUGCUUCGCAAAAAUUCAAUGUUGGGAAUGGAAACAAGGUAUUCAGAGCUCUUGGCAUUUUUGAAGGCUUCAUUGUCUCAUUUGCGAUCCUGUCACCACAAAGCCGGCUUGGUGCUUGAGAAUCACUUGGAGUGAUAAACCUGUAUUUAAACUAUGACUGCUCAUUUUGUAUUUUAAAUGCAGCUUUCCUCUUCUUGGAAGUUUUAGGCACUUCUUCUGUCUCAUCAUUUAGACGGUUCCCCAUUUAAAAGAAGCUCUCCAAAGACAUUUGUGUUUUACUCAUUUUCGUUAGCUUGUUUUGACUACUGUUUCUUGUGACCGAGAUGAGCGGUUUAACGUGUACAGACACACAGUCGAAUGCACCUGAUUUUAA